GGCCUGAUGCUCGAUAUAUAAGGAGGACCUGAACUGUGAGCUGGAGCUGUUUCUGAAAGUCUUGACUCGCAGGAUGAACGCCCUCCGAACUCUGUUUCUCUUGGUCGCCGGCCUCUCUGCACCAAUCCAAAAGAGGGCGCUUAACCAGUUCAGGCAAAUGAUCCAGUGCCUGGUGCCCGACAGCUCGCCGGUUUUGGACUACACUGACUACGGCUGCUACUGUGGAUAUGGCGGCUCUAGCACGCCUGUGGACGAGCUGGACAGGUGCUGCCAAGUGCACGACAAGUGUUAUGAUGAGGCCAUGCAGCACAACACAUGCUGGCCCAUCUUCGACAACCCUUACACCGAGUUCUACGCCUACAGAUGUGCCAAACAAAGCAAGAUGAUCACCUGUGGCAACAACGGCGAAUGUGAGCAGUUCAUCUGCGAGUGUGACAGGAAGGCGGCCGAGUGUUUCGCCAGAUCUCCUUAUAACCCCGAGAACCAGCGACUGCCCAGUGAGCGAUGUCAGUAG